GUUUUCGAAGUCAGUAAGAAGAUAGUGUCACAAUGUAUCGUUUUGGGAUUUUGUUCUGCGCUGUGGUUGCAUUAGCGAAGGGCCAGACCACACAGGUCAAUCAAUGUACGCAAAACGGUGGUGAGUUGCCGAUCAACACGUACAUCGCGGGGUGCGACCAGCCGCCGUGCAGUCUGCCACAACUUGAGGAUGCCGUCGUUAACAUCAUCUUCAAAGCUCCAUACACCAUGCAAUCUAUGAGGACUCUGGCUACAGCAUACCUGGGCGGGCCCUUCGGCCUGCCGUACCCUCUUGGUACCAACGCCGAGACCUGUAACUUCCUGACCAACACCUACUGCCCAGUGAUGGGCGGAGAAGUUGUUCAGUAUGUCCUCAGGAUGUACAUUCAACCGUCUUUCCCCGUGGGUAUUCAACCAGAAAUUGAGUUUAGGAUAGUAGAUGAUGCAAACAGACCAAUAGUUUGCAUUCGUGUACCUCUGAGGAUAGCUGAACCAAACUCCAGGAUCGCAGACAAGAGCGAGGAAUACCAGCAAUCUCCCUUCAUUCGUAAAAUAUUCGGAAAGAUCUAAUUAUUACACAUAAGUUUACCACUUAACAGCUUACAUUGUGGACUGUAAUUAAGUAUUUGGAAAUGAGUAUUAAAUAAACAUUUUAUAUAAAUAUUA